AUGGGCACUCGUGACCAGAUACCUCGUUAUUUCGCUAAGUCUGGACCAACUGAUGCUGACCCCCGCAAGACAAAGAAGGAUGGAGGUGGAAAAGGAAACUGGGGCCGAUCCGGCGAGGAGGUCCAGGAUUAUGACUACUCCUUUACCAAUGCUCGUCGUCGAUCAAACAGCAGUAUCCAGGGCCUGGCCGAUUUCAGCACCAAAUUCGAGGCCUUGGACCCGGAACCUGUGUUCGAAGAACAACAUGCCUCGGAAUCGAGUGAUGUGACUAAGGCAGAAGGUUCCAGCAGUGGGCAUGACAGUGAAGUCGACCAGGACGGAUCGAAGUACUAG